UUUCCUCCAUAGCAGCAUCCAUGGGUGAUUACACACCUUGUGCUAAAAUAGAGGCAAUGCAGCAAGUAGCUUCCACGGCCAGUGGAAGGUGGUACCUAAUGGCAGUGAAAAAUAAAGACACAAUGAAAGAAAAGGAAACACUGUCAAAACCUGCUGAAUGUACUGGAUUUAAUAGAGAAUCACCCUGCUCUUGCACCGUUUAUGAUUUCAACUCUGCAAUUGCAGAACCAUUCGUUCCUGAGUACAAUGUCACUGAAAAUUCAUACAACAUGAUGUCCGGAAAAUAUGAUGCUCACCAACUUAACAUGAAAGUAGUAGACAACUCGUCCAGCAUUUUUCAUGUUUCUUUAAUGGGUGCAGAAAACACAACGAUGACAGUAAGAAUCCUUGGAUCUGAUGACUAUCAAAGUUUCAUGAUUGUACAUAUCUGUGUGGGAGAAGAUCCGGAUGCAAACAUGGACAUGUGGUUUUUAUCUCGAAGCCCUUCCAUGUCUGACACAAUUGUGGAUGAGUUGAAACGGGUUCUGGCACGUUACGAUAUGACUGUGGAUGAUAUGAGGGUCGUUGUGCAAUCAGACUGUGUCUACCCUCCAGGCCAGACGCAGAAGUCUAGGAGGGACAAGUUCAGAGUUUUUUAGGAUGACAUUUGUGCAAGUCCUAAAAGGUUGACUCUAUGUCACAAAAUUGUAGACAAUUAGAUCUAUUUUAGAACCUGUACGAAGAGAAGAGGCUUGUUAAAGAUUGUGUACAUAAUAAUAUGAAGUGUGUUAUGUUAGUGUUUAUGAAAUAAAUAUUAUUUUAGCAAUUGAAUAA